AUGGAGCCAAGGGCAGAAAUUCGCAGAGCCUGCCAUGCGAUGAAGAAAUAUGGCUUCCAUCAUAUGACUGUAAAAGCAAUAUUGAAGGAACUCUUGCCUGCACAUAAUUAUAAUUGGGAGCUUAUUGAAAAUGAUGACUAUACAAUUCUUUUAGAUGCUAUGUUUGAGUGGAAAAACCGCAACAUCAAGAGUAAGGUUGGUGUUUUUACUUUUGCAUUGCAUGUGUAUAUUUUUUUACAAGUAAGAAGAGGGGCCAUUGGAAAGCACAAAUCUUCUUCUGGAUCGAGAAGCCACACUUGCACCAUACCUGAUAAUCUUGAGACAGCUGCCACUGUUCAAGCCGAGCAUGAAAAGUAUAAACCCAAAUUGAAGAUCUGA